GAAAGAGCGAAAAAAUGUCAUUAGAAGAGGCGUAACACGUCAGUGCGUCCCCAGGUCUGUUUGGUGAAGUGGCUAAAAGAGAUCAGUCCCAACCUGCCCAUCAGGAAUAACGGUCCCUCGUCAAGCUAUUUCCAAGGCAUAUUUCCGUUUUGGGGGGAUCCAAGACUCAACACUUUACCAUUUUCUUUCUGACGUUCUAUCUAUAACCGGCAGUUUGGACCAUCUUUCUGACAUUCUGAUAGCGGAGUCUGCGUGUUGCUGAUUCAAGGAGUCAAGCCCAUGCGGACUGCCAUCUGACCUACUCUUAUCAAUGAAGCACGAGAGCAUGGCGGAGGGUCCCCGGUGUAAGAGGCGAAAACAAGCCAACCCACGAAGAAAGAACGUGCUGAACUAUGAGAGCGUGGUGGAGACAGGCUCUGACACAGACGGGGAUGAGAGGCCGCUGGUCUCCCAGGACAACGGCCCAGCCAAUGGGGAGGAGGGGAGCCCUGCAGGCCUGCCCCUCAUGGAGGCGUCGCCCCGAGUCGGCCAUGCCCUGCUGUCCUGCCGGGGGUCGGAGGGGUCGGAGGUCAUGGAUGGCCGACAGGGUCACCUCGCCUGGCGUCUGGGCGAUGACCUGCACGGGCACCUCAACGGGAACGCCCCUCCUCCUCUGUUGAAUGAUGGGUCUGGAAACCGAAAGUUCAAAUGCACCGAGUGUGGAAAAGCCUUCAAGUAUAAGCAUCAUUUGAAGGAGCAUCUCCGCAUUCACAGCGGUGAGAAGCCGUACGAGUGCUCAAACUGCAAGAAGCGCUUCUCUCACUCCGGUUCCUACAGCUCCCACAUAAGCAGCAAGAAGUGCAUCGGCCUGAUCGCCAUCACUGGACGAGUACGCAACGGAGGCAACGCCAAGGUCGGCUCCUCCCCCAACUCUGCCUCCUCCUCCCCAGGAAGCCCUGCCCUGGCCCAGCUGCGUCACAAGCUGGAGAACGGACGUCAGGACCAGCAGGGUCACAUGGACAUCAAGGCAGAGCCCAUAGACUUCAACGACUACCGGUUACUGAUGGCGUCUUCGCAUGGCUUUGCGGGUCCAGGGGUGUACCUGAAUGGAGCCGGCCGAGGGGGUAGCCCACUGGACGUCCACAGCUCAUCCCAGAGCCCCCUUCAGCACCUGGGGGGCAUGGGGCUGGACCUGCCCCGUCUAGGUUACCCCGCUCUGGGGAACAACCUGAGCGAGGUACAGAAGGUCCUCCAGAUCGUGGACAACACUGUGUGCAGGCAGAAGAUGGACGGGAACCCGGAGGAGAUCUCCAAGCUCAGGGCUUAUAUGAAGGAGCUGGGGGCCCAGAUGGAGGAACAUAAGAGGGCCCUCUCUUCUCCCCGGACGGGCUUCCAGGUGAUGGGCCACAGCAGCCCUACCAAGAGCAUCAUCGAUUACACCCUGGAGAAGGUGAAUGAGGCCCGGAGCCUGAUUGACGAUUCCAAAAGGCAGGUGGUUGACAUCAAGAAGGAGAAGCUCAACAACUCCAUGGAUCUGUGUGCCGAGGAGAAGCAACCCCACGAGCCCAGCCAGGCCCACUUCCUGCCCUUCUCUUGCCAGUUCUGCAAGGAGACGUUCCCCGGGCCCAUCCCCCUGCACCAGCACGAGCGCUACUUGUGCAAGAUGAACGAGGAGAUCAAGGCCGUCCUUCAGCCCAACGACGGUGGAAACCCCGGACGCAGGGGUGGGUAUCCGUCUGAGCAGCAGGCCUCCAUGCUGUCCUCGGUGCUGUCUGAGAGAGGAGCCUCCAGCCCCGUCAACCCCUUCAAGGACCACGUGUCGGUGCUCAAGGCUUACUUCGCCAUGAACACCGAGCCCAACUCAGAGGAGCUGCUGAAGAUCUCCAUCGCCGUGGGGCUACCGCAGGAGUUUGUCAAAGAGUGGUUCGCUCAGUGGAAAAACCAACAGCACAACCACAAUGCCAACUCCAGAAAGCGCUCACCGCCUCCAGACCGCAGCAGCGCCGAGAUCAACCACAGCCUGACCAGGUCGCCUAUGGUUCAUGCCGACCGCGAUUUCCACGGCAGCUCCUCUAACGGUGACUCCUCCCACAGGCUCUCAAAGGCCAAUCAUUUUACAGUCAAUAAGCAGAUAACCGACAAACCACUAGACUCCUUGGACCACCUAAGGACCAGCACUCCGUCUCCCCUGAACCUCUCCUCCACCUCCUCGAAAAACUCCCAGAGUAGUUCCUACACUCCAAACAGCCUGGUCUCUGAGGAGCCCCCUGGGGAGCCCCUGCCACUGGACCUGUCCCUGCCCAAACACAUGAGCAAGAGAGCCUCUCUGGGAGAGAAGAGGUCCAAACCCAACGGCUUCAUGGUGGAACGCAACGGGGUUGAAUCCCACACACGGGAGCAUGGGACUGGACCCAUGGACCUGGUCAGCAUCAAGAAGGAGUUCCUGGGCUCUGAAAGCAGCAACGCGGGUGGGAACAGCGGCCACCAGAUGGAGAAGAGUGCCAGCCCCAUCUUCGGGAUCAAUCCCUUCGGUGGCGGUCACAUGUACACCUCUCUGCCCCCCCAUGGAGCGUUCCCACCCCCCACCUUCAUGUCCCCGGCCCAGGCCUCCAUCCCCGGCCUGAGGUCCUACCUGGACCCUAUGAGCUACCUGCCCCACAUGGCUUACACGUAUGCCAACGGGGCUGCCACAUUUGCAGAAAUGCAGCAGAGGAGGAAGUACCAGAGGAAACCAGGUUUCCAGGGUGAGCUACUGGACGGCACAGGGGACUAUCUGUCAGGCUUGGAGGACCUGACAGACAGCGACUCCCUCCUCUCCCGGAAGAAGAUAAAGAAGACAGAAAGUGGCAAGCGCCCGCACCAGUGCCAGAUCUGUAAGAAAGCCUUCAAACACAAACACCAUCUCAUCGAGCACUCACGCCUACACUCCGGAGAGAAGCCCUACCAGUGUGACAAGUGUGGGAAGCGUUUCUCCCACUCUGGCUCCUACUCCCAGCACAUGAACCACCGCUACUCCUACUGCAAGAGAGAGGCGGAGGAGAGGGAGGCUGCAGAGAGGGAGGCCAGGGACAAGGGGCCCCUGGAGCCCACAGAGCUGCUGAUGAGGAGGGCCUACCUGCAGGGCCUGGGGCCCCUGGGAUACUCCGACCCCGAGGACCAGGCGGAGGAGGGUGGAGGCACCAUCCUGAGAGACGGAUCGGAGGGAGGAAUGAGAGGACGAGAGAGGGAAGUGGAUGAGGCGUACGAGGAGGUGACAGACAGACGGGAGGAAAGUUUCAGGGAGGGAGAGGAGGAGGAGGAGGACGAGGGCGACAGCAGGAGCCUGGGAACGCAGAUGGACUUGAUGAGGGAUGGCGAGGAGGGCAAGGACGUGGCUCAUUCGAUGGAUGACAGUUCAAGAGAAGGGAAAACAGACGCCAAGUCGGACCAGGAGGAAGCAGACUGAUUCAGUGCUGCAGUAAAAAAGAAGAAGGAAAAAAAAAGAAAAAAGAAAAAAAGCUUUCAGCAAAUAUUUGUCAUGUUGGUUUGUUUCAUUUCCUUUUUUCCAUUCUUCCAGCAAACAUGAAACCUGCUCUGUUUCAGAAAGAGAAGGGGAGGCUCAGUCAUAGGAGUGCUCACCUCGAGCUUCUGAAGAUUGUAACUAAAGAUGGAACUCAUGCAUAUGGUGACUGCCAACAUCAGAGUUGUAAAGACAAACUGGGUGGGAUUGUUUAAAAAUCCACAUUAUGCAAAAAAAAAACUAAAAAAAUGAAGUAAUAAUGAUUAUCAUUAUAAUUAAAAAGAAAAUGAAGCUGUUGUCAAUGUACAGAAUUAAGGCCUAAAAGCUGUGUGGUGCUAUAAUGUUCUUAACCCCUGUGUUACAUUGUGUUUAUACCCCAAACCAGGAAAUUGCACUCCGCCCCUUUAAUCACUACAAAAAUACGUUUGAAAAAAAAUGAAAGAAAAAAAGCCUAUGGAUAUUUAUACCGUGCUUGAAGACUCGGUAGCAGUCCUGUCAGUGUUGUGUUUUGUCUACCACUUACUGUGAUGUCCUUGGUUUUAUCCUCUUUUGCAAGGCAAACUAACCACACAAUUUUGGGCCUCACAAUUUUCUUUAUGUGAAGGAACUUUAAACCUGUGUGAUUUUUGAUAUGUUGUGAGUCUUAAACGGACAGGAGAGUGAGAGAAUGAGAGGGGAGAACAGUGAAAUAUGACAGGCUACUCCAUAUGAGAGUCUUUGUGUGUUUUAUUUUCUCAAGAGAAAGCCUUAUAUGCAAACCUUUUCACCUGUGCGUUUCUGCAAGUGCCAUCCCUGUACAGUGUACAUCAGAGUUGACCUGUGUUAUCUUUGCUCUGGCUUCAGUAUUAAAUGAAUAUUUCACCUUGUUUUUUGAAGUACCUAUGUCAGUAUUAGCAUAGAUAGACGGCAGUUUGUUCGUUUACAUAUGUUUGUGCAAUUUUCUGUAUUAUUCAUGAUCUUUUGUCAGUAUUACAUUUUUAGUUUUUUGUUGAUUUUUCCAACAUAAAUUUCAUUUUGUUUUUAUUUUAAGAUUACCAUUUUAUUUAUGUGACUCAUUUUAUAUUUCCUAAUUUUAUUUAUUUCAUACUGUAGUGUACAGUAUUAUAGUUCCUCAACAAAUAGAUAUAUUUUAGUAAAAAGGAUUCUGUCAUUCACCUAUUGGAACAAAUUAUGAAUAGAGAGCAUCUAUGGUAUUUGGAAACGUUAAUUGUUCAAUUUAAAUUUCUUUUUAGUUUUUAUUUCCUUACAACUACUGGAAAUUCUAAAUUUGGGGAACUUUUGAUACAAUAUUGUGAAAACACUGUAUUUUUUGAGAGUCAAAAUCCGCUUUAUUCAUCCAUUUGAAGUGAUGAAGAGGGACUGAUGAUUAUGAAAUUCCUGAAAUGUCUGAAGUAUUAUUGAAUUUUUAAUUUCUCUUGGAAAUGACCAUGCUCGAAUAAAUGUAGCCAAAAUUAAAUUUUAAUAAAGCUGUGUUAUUCUUCUUGUA